UUAUAAUGUCCAGCAAUCACCGGAUAUCCGAAAGCUCUGCGAGACGCUGAAGCCACACUCUCGCAGCACAACUACCAUCCCAUCUCCCAGACCGCACACUUGGCCCCACGCUCGCUGCUCAAGCUCUCUAUCACGCAAGCAAGCAAGAAAAGGCGACUCAAUCGCACCACCAUGAAGUCGCACGCAGCACUCGCCAUCGGUGCAGUCCUCGUGGCUGCCUCUGCUGUGGAGGCAGAGCGUCCAGCUUUUGUCCCCACUUCCAUCAAGGCGCCCUUCCUAGAGCAAUUCGCUGGAGACUGGUCCGAGCGAUGGUCCCCCUCUGCAUCCACCAAGGAGCAGUCAGGAGGUGAAGUGUUUGCCUACUCUGGUGAAUGGAGCGUCGAGGAGCCGACGGUGUUUCCAGGUCUCGAGGGAGACGCUGGGCUGGUUGCCAAGUCCAAGGCAGCGCAGCACGCCAUCUCUGCCCAAUUUCCUGCACCUGUCGAUGUCAAAAAGGCGAUGAAGGAGGGCAAGCCAUUCGUGGUGCAGUACGAGACCAAGCUCCAGAAUGGUCUUACUUGCGGUGGAGCGUACAUGAAGCUCCUCAGCGAAAGUCCUGAAGGCAUCCAAGCGAAAGAGUUCAGCGACAAGACGCCAUAUACGAUCAUGUUCGGCCCUGACAAGUGCGGCUCCACGAACAAAGUGCACUUCAUCUUCAGACACAAAAAUCCAAAGACUGGAGAGCUGGAGGAGAAGCACCUCGCUAAUCCUCCUUAUCCUAAGCUUGCCAAAACCAGCGCACUUUACACCCUUAUUGUCAACCCUGAUCAAACCUACGAGAUCCUGAUCAACAACGAGUCUAAGAAGAAGGGUAGCUUGCUGGAGGACUUUGAGCCUCCUGUCAACCCACCAAAAGAGAUCGAUGACCCCGAGGACAAGAAGCCGGCUGACUGGGUCGACACUCCCAAGAUCGUUGACCCUGAUGCCAAGAAACCGGAUGAUUGGGACGAAGAUGCCCCAGCUGCUAUUCCCGAUGAGGACGCUGUGAAGCCGGAAGGCUGGCUGGAUGACGAGCCCGCAGUUGUGCCGGAUCCCGAUGCUAAAAAGCCAGAGGAGUGGGACGACGAGGAAGACGGCGAAUGGACGGCUGCACUGGUACCCAACCCCAAGUGCACAGCGGCGCCCGGCUGUGGCCCUUGGAUCAGGCCAUCAAAGAGCAACCCUGACUUCAAAGGCCCGUGGAACGCGCCUCUCAUCGACAAUCCCGCGUACAAGGGCGAGUGGAAGCCGGCAAAGAUCCCCAACCCCAAGUUCUUUGAGGAUCUCGAGCCUUCUCAUUUCACAAGUAUCGCUGCCGUUGGGUACGAGAUCUGGACCAUGGAUGAGAACAUUCUCUUCGACAACAUCUACGUCGGACACAGCGUAGAGGACGCCAAGACCCUUGCAGAAGAAUCUUGGGCGAAGAAGCUGAAAGUUGAGCAAGGGUUGGAGGAGAAGGAGGAAGCUGCCAAGAAGGAGGAAGAGGAGAAGGCUAGCAAGGCUGCUAGUGGACCUGGUGUCGUUGCGCAGGUACGCGAGAAACUCGAAGACUUUAUCGCAGCUGCGCGCCAAGACCCCGUCGGCGCCAUUAAAGCCCAGCCAGAUGUCGCGGGUGGCAUCGGAGCGGCUAUCGCUGGUGGUCUCGCUUUCAUUGGCUUGCUCGGCGGUCUGCUUGGUGGUGGUGGAGCUGCCAAAGCACCUGCCAAAAAGGCAUCGACUGCCUCGAAGGGCAAAAAGGUGGAUGAGCCAAAGGCCAAAUCCACUGCCGUCGCUGACGCGUCCGACGUCAAAAAGCGCUCAACAAAGGCGACGGUAGAGGAUGAGUAAUUCCGCACGCACGCAAAGUACACCAGCGCGAUCGCUUGGGCACCAAUGAGCUUUCGAGUGCAGUUCACAAUGUCACGCGCCUUUCGAAAUGGCCUCAUCCACUCUUUCAAAAAUUUGCAAAAGCUCUUUCAGCGCAGUCUUCUGUUGCAUAGCCUCUUAAUCGUAAAGCACAAAUCAGUCAAUGUGAAAAGACAUUUGAAUAUCGACGACUGCCCGUGCGAUCGACCGCGUGAAAGAAGGAACCGUGCACACAUUCGACCAUUAAUCGAUCCCACUCACGACAUGGGAGCUUUGCCAUAUCCACGAACAAUGUCAC